AUGAGUGGUGUUCAAUUGAAACGGUUACUUGUUGCAUUGAAUAGAAUUAAACAGCAUGGUUAUGUGUCAAUUUGUAAACAAUCAACAGCUGUUGAACCUAAAAAGGAACCAGAAAAAGUAGAAGUAUUCGUUGAUGGCAAAUCUGUUCACGUCGAACCAAACACAACUGUACUUCAGGCUUGUGCUGUUGCUGGUGUCGAAAUUCCUCGUUAUUGUUACCAUGAGCGUUUAUCGAUUGCUGGCAACUGUCGAAUGUGUCUUGUUGAAAUCGAAAAAACACCUAAACCAGUUGCAAGUUGUGCAAUGCCGGUUAUGAAAGGCAUGCGUAUCUUAACAGAUUCGCCAUUGACCAAGAAAGCACGUGAGGGCGUUAUGGAAUUUUUACUUGUUAAUCAUCCUUUGGAUUGCCCUAUUUGUGACCAAGGUGGUGAAUGUGAUUUACAAGAUCAAUCAAUGGCAUUUGGUAGUGAUCGUAGUCGUUUUACUGACAAUGAAUUUUCGGGCAAACGAUCCGUCGAAGAUAAAAACAUAGGUCCACUUGUUAAAACGAGCAUGAAUCGAUGUAUUCAAUGUACACGUUGUAUCCGUUUUGGUAAUGAAGUAGCCGGAGUUAGCGAUCUUGGUUCAACAGGACGCGGCAGCGAUAUGGUCAUUGGUACAUAUGUUGAAAGACUUUUUAUGUCGGAGCUAUCGGGUAAUGUUAUUGAUUUAUGUCCAGUUGGAGCAUUAACAUCAAAACCUUAUGCAUUCACUGCACGACCAUGGGAAUUAAGAAAAACAGAAUCAAUUGAUGUCAUGGAUGCAUUAGGUAGUAAUAUUGUUGUCAACACUCGUGGUGGUGAUGUUCUUCGUGUAAUCCCACGAAUAAAUGAAGAAGUUAACGAAGAAUGGAUUUCGGAUAAAACACGUUUUGCUUAUGAUGGUCUUAAACGACAACGUUUGACAGCUCCGAUGUUAAAAAAUCGCGAUGGUUUCUUGGUACCAUGUGAUUGGGAAGAUGCGUUAAGUGUUGUUGCUGAACGUAUCGGCCAAGCUGAAUCCGGUGCAAAGAUGGCUGCUCUAGCUGGACGUUUUUGUGAUGCGGAAGGACUUAUAACUUUAAAAGAUUUUAUGAAUCAACUUGGCUGCGAAACGGUUUGCGUCGAAGAGCCGUUCCCAAAUGCUGGGGCUUCAAUCGAUCUUCGUAGUAACUACUUAUUUAAUGGAACAAUCGUCGGCAUUGAACAUGCUGAUUUAGUCUUAUUGAUUGGAACGAAUCCCCGUUAUGAAGCACCGGUACUCAACGCACGUAUACGUAAAGCUUGGACACACAAUGAUUUACAAGUCGCAGUAAUCGGUCCAAAGAUUGAUUUAACAUAUUCAUAUGAACAUUUGGGAGAUAAUACAAAUGUCAUAAAUGAAUUAAUGUCUGGCAAACACGCAUUUUCUAAAAUUUUGAAUGGAGCAAAACGUCCAUUGGUUAUAUUGGGAAGUGCAAUGUUCGAACGUCCAGAUGCAACAUCAGUCUAUGCAAGUGCUGCGCAAUUAUCAGAAAAACUACGUGACGUCGCUGUUAAAGCAGACAAAGAAUGGCGUGUAUUUAGUGUUCUUCAUCGAUAUGCUUCACAAGUAGCAGCUCUCGAUCUCGGUUAUAAACCAGAUGUUAAAAGCAUCAUUGAUUUAAAACCUAGUCUAUUGUAUUUAUUCGGUGCUGAUGAAGGUUUAAUCAAACGUCAAGAUUUACCAAAAGAUUGCUAUAUUAUCUAUCAAGGCCAUCAUGGUGAUCGUGGUGCACAAUUAGCUGAUGCUAUUCUUCCUGGAGCAGCAUAUACAGAAAAACGUGGUAUAUACGCAAAUACUGAAGGUCGUGCUCAACAAACCUAUUUAGCAACAACACCACCUGGCAAAGCACGUGAAGAUUGGAAAAUAGUUCGUGCACUUGCUGAAGUAUGCGGUGUAUCAUUAAAUUAUAAUGAUCUAGAUGGAGUUCGUUCUCGUAUUGAACAAAUAGCACCAAAUCUAACUCGUUUAAAUUCAGUUGAAGAAGCCAAUUAUUUUAAACAAAAUAUUGAACUUUUAAAGCAACAUAAAACAUCAUUCAACAAUCAGCCACUAGUACCUCCAAUCAAUAGCCUUAAAGAAUUUUAUAUGACUGAUUCAAUAAGUCGUGCAUCAAUGACCAUGGCGAAAUGUGUUAAAGCUGCUGAACAACAGACAAAAUCACCGCAUCAAAAUUAG